AUGGAUCGUUGAGGACCCUCCUUUGUCUCCCGAGUAACCAAGCAAAUGGCGCAGGCGCAUUAGUGGCAGGUAGGCCCACCAAAAGGGAAAAUAUUCGUGACAAACCGGUCAUCUGAGUUUCGGUUGGGGUUACGAGUUACGCAAAUGUCAGUCAUCUACUGACUUACAGUGUGUCGCUUAAAUAGUUGAACGAAUGUCACUUGUUUUUGUUUUUUUGUAAUAAGAAGUAGGAGGGAUGUAACGUGGUCCGCCAAUCGCUGUGGACCAUCCUUUGUUCCCAUAGCAACGAGGCAAACGACGCAUGCGCACUCGUUACCAGAAAUGAGAAGCCAACAAUGGUCGGGGCAACACGCACGCCCGAAAGAAGGCCUGAGUAGUAAUGCUGGGAAGCAUGACAAUAAACCAGCGACAACAUGUGGGACUGCAGAAGCUGUCUGCAAUUGCCGCCGUUGCACAUUCCACGUUGGGACCCCGUAAAAAGUACAAGUUCAUCCAGGAUGAAGCUACUGGGGAAUCGACUCUGGCCAGCUCGUGUUUGCGCAUCCUGGACAACCUGGACCUGGCCACCUGUGCUGUCAGCCAGCUGGUUCACGAGACAGUUCGGGUGCACCACGAGGUUUAUCGCACGGGGGCCGGAUGCCUGCUGUUUUUCGCCGGAGCGUGGAGUCGGGCGGCGUUAUUGUGCUUGCAGCAAGGGAUUCCGACAUCCCGUGUUGUUGCGGCCAUGAUUGAGGGGAUGGACUUGUGCGUGGACGUUUGCAAAAAAAGCAGCGUGUCAUUCGAUGCUCUUUGUGUGUUGACUCGGAAACAAGUCACUGAGGCGCCAUUAGAAUCCAAAGUCAUCAAAGAAAAAAGGCAAUUAAAGCUGAGUCGCCAUUUUUGCAACACCGAGCCUGAAACUAUUUUAGUUCCGGAGCCUCGUCUUUCUGACGUCGCACACCUGGCAGCCGGACUGAGCCACGGCUGUAACAACGCAAUGCGUUUAGUCAUCGAAGCCAGUCGCAUCCAGGCGAAAGUCAUCCCGAAUUCCGUGUUAGACGUGACAAAAGUGACCACUUGCGUGUUGCCAGGUUUACCAGAAGAUGAGGCUCACGUUUGUUCGGGCUGCAUCAUUCUUCUCAAUCCAGACCAGGCUUCUGUGGCGCAUGACCUCAAGAACAAAUCCAUGAAUGUCGUUCUUAUCAGCGGAGAUUUAUCCCACUCCUAUCGCCAUCUCGGUUUUAACAGGCCCGCGGGCAUCCAGUGUGUCGGCAACCAGUCGAAUCUGUCCGAUUUGAGCAAAGAGGAAGAGUGGAUGGGAAAGGUCCUGGAACUGUUACAACACUUAGAAGUGGACGUGGUGCUUGUCAGUGGGCUCGUAAACGCAGCAGUGAUUCAACGCUGUUCUCAGCGUCACAUACUGGUAGUUGGAAAAGUUCGAGCGUCCGUUUUAAAAGAGAUGGCCACUGCUACUCAAGCGACUCUGGUGACGUACGUCACGCUGUUGAGUAAGCGUUGCGUUGGCAAGGGUAUCCAGGUUAGCAUGUGGAGGGAAAUCGGAAGCCACGAGGGGACGCCGUUAACCGCCAUCAACCUUGAUGCCGGCGGGAGCACCCGUUUGGUCACGGCCAUCAUCACCAGCCCCGUACACGGGAAGCUGCAGAGUCUGGAGGACCGAUUUUGGGCUUGUGCCUAUCGCGUGCACCAUGCGCUGAAAGACAAAGCGGUGCUACCUGGCGCUGGAGUCACAGAGUUGUUUUGUAUUCAUUAUCUGAUGAAGAAAGUGGAUGCGGAGAAUCCCGGAGAUGGCACUCGUGGUUCUAACCCCUACCUUGGUAUUAUCCUGCACCUCCUGGCGGACAGUUUUACGGAAUACUUAGCUGCCGUGAUGGCCAACUCCACCGGGAUUUCACAAGUCAAAGCCAGGGCUGUGGUCAACCAGAAACUACAGGAUGUUAACAGCAUUUCUGCAGAUUUCUCACAACUCAUCUUGGACUCUGAUGAGGGCAUUCCCCCGUCCAAAGUUUUUGACAAUCUUAGCGUCAAGCAGGAGUCAUGGCGGAAAGCUUUGGAUCUGGUUUUGCUUGUCUUGCAGACGGAUGCCGAGAUCAUCACUGGUGUGGAUGAAAGCAAGGAUGGCAAUCAUGCACGACUCAUGUUUUUAUGACUGCAAGAAGAAAAGUGUUGUUGUUUUUUUGCAAUGUAGACUGGACACCAUUUGAACGAGCAUGUAAGUAUUAGAUUGACCUUCUAUGAUUCUGUGGUGGCUUCAGCCAUCCAUUAUGGCUGAGUCUGCUGGUCAGGCAGCAUCUCAG